UUUGCUGCAAGAAAUACAAGAUUGGCUAAUUUAUAAUCAUUUUAGGUAUGAAAGUCAGCAGCUCUAUUGCUUAACAAACAUAUGGCUGGACAAACAAUAAGAUUUAUACUAAGCAUUAUUGAAGCAGCUUUAACAAUUUGAUUCCAGAAAAGUUUCACAUCUGGACAAUACCACCACAAAUGGAGUAAUGACCCCUUUUCCCCACAUCCAUUCCAGCAAAGCUCUGAGGACCAAGGGCCAAUUUAUUUGAGUUUGGGUGGAGUUACAUAUGCAUGGAGGAUAAUGUAGCAGAUUCAGGUAUUUUUGUUAUGUUUCUCCAUGUUUGUUUCCAGUCUAUGGGAUUUUGAUAUACUAGGUCACGUUUCCAGUGGGAUUGAAGUUUACUGUUUGGGUUUUUCCCCCCUGAAUUUUACGUAUAUUGACCUCUAACAGAUCACAUUUCAAGGUGGGGAUACAGUUUAGCAUGUUCCAACAUGAUAAGCCACUGGUAACACGAUCAUUCAGUAGUAGACAGUGAUAUUAAUGUAUGAUAAGCUGUAGAAACACUGUAUCUUGAAACUAGUUAGACUCUGGGUCAAAGCAAGAUAAGACCUCUGACAGAAUUAGGACACUGUUGUCUCCAGGAAGUCAGAGGAAUUAAUAAGGUCACUGCCAAAAGCUCAUUACUCAAAGUACAAAGAUUAGCUUGCACACACACACACACACACACAUAUAUAGUCAUAUAUGUGUGACCAGUAACCAGCUAUAUAUGGUUACCAGUAUACAUCUGAGAGGAAUGACUGACAACAAUCUGAGGAAUACGUUUCAGUUGUUUUCCAGCUAAAGUGCAUAAGGAAACAGGUAUUACUCUUUACAUUAUUUUACUCUAUGUCAGCCUUGUUGUCCUCUUGGAGAAAAAGUUUUGCAUUGUUUUCAUUUUAAUGGUUAAAAUUAAAUGGUGGCUGUUUCACAAACUUUAAAUCAUUCUAUUCUGCAGACAUGCUUAGCCGCGCACUCUUAUUGUUGGGGAUUUUUCUGAUCUUGGAGCAUGGGUCGCCUAUAGAUGUCUUUACACAAGAAGCAACUGACCUCCCUGGAGGUAUUGUGGAAGAUACAGAGAACCUCACCAGGACAAACUUUGAACGGUUGAGGACAUUGAGCGACAGAUUCAAAUACAUUGCACGGAGCUGUAAAGAAAUUCUGGAUAAUCACAGUGAACGAGAAGAUGGGAUAUACUACCUGACCACAGCUAAUGGGAUGAAGUAUCAGACUUUCUGCGACAUGAACACUGCUGGAGGCGGCUGGACUCUGGUGGCCAGUGUCCAUGAAAACAGCAUUUAUGGAAGAUGCACUGUGGGGGACCGCUGGUCCAGUCAGCAGGGUAACAAUCCAAAUCUGCCGGAUGGAGAUGGAAACUGGUCCAACAGAAACACCUUUGGUUUAGUAGAGAGUGCCACAUCUGAUGAUUACAAGAAUCCAGGUUACUACGACAUUGCUGCUAAAGACGUGUCUGUGUGGCACGUUCCCAACAACUUCCCGAUGGAGCACUGGAACCUGGCAGCUAUUCUCCGCUACCACACUGAAAACAACUUCCUCCGUCUUUAUGGGGGAAAUCUCUUCAAUCUGUUUAAGCAAUUUCCAGUAAGGUACAACAUUGGCUCGUGCUCCAACAGAGGACCAGCGAUUCCCAUUGUGUAUGACCACGGAAACAGGGAGUCCACCAGAAAUUUAUAUGGACCAAAGUCAAGAAACGAGUUUGAUCCAGGCUUCAUCACAUUCAGAGCUAUAAACAAUGAGCGAGGAGCCAUGGCUAUCUGCUCUGGGGUCAAACCCAGAGGGUGCAACUCCGAACAUUACUGCAUAGGAGGAGGAGGAUAUUUCCACCCGGACCAGUGUGGAUAUUUUCCAUCUUUUGACUGGGACAGGCUGGGAAGAGAACAAGGCUGGAGUGCCUCCAAGGAGAUGACUGAGUCUGCUGUCCUUCUGUUUUACCGCUGAGGUAAAACAGAAGAUUGAUUGGUGAGCUGGAUUUAAACUAGAUUUAAACAGCUCACCAGUAGAUGGCACUACAGUACAGCGCAUUUAAAAAUAUAUAGAUGAAGGUUUGGGCCGAUUUAAACAGGUAGCAGUGAGAAAAUUAAAGAGAAAACAACAUAUUGGAUACCUAUAGAUGAAAAUAAAUAUAUAAAUAAAUAUAUAAUGCUCCAAGUAAAGACGGACCCCUGAGAACUUAAAGUAAAGUCAUAAUUAAGCAUAUGCACAAAGCUUGUGCUGAUAAUAAUUAAACAGAUUCAUUGGAAGAGAUGUAAAGUACCUUCAAACUAUGUAUUGUAGAAAAACUUGCUGUAUUUUCAAUAGAAAAUGUUACUUUGUGUUUUUUCAGAUGUCUGAGUGUAUUUAAAGAGAUUUUUGAUGAGCCUUGAGCAGCAAAACAAGUUCAUCAGAAGUUGUUCAAUUUUGUGCUACAACAAAAACAGAAACCUUUUUGGAAAUAAACAUGCAAAUGUAAAGAAAGUCAAACAGGAUUAAAAAAAAACAAUGGCUAGAUGUUUUUUUUUUUUUUACAAAGCUUCUGUGCCAGAUUAUGCUACUGCAACAAAUGGGUGAAUAAGUUGAAGUUUUUCUUUUUUUUCUUUCUUUACACAUCUUUACUAGUGAUGUUCUGGGUGAUUGCUGCCAAGUAUCUAAUGAUACAUUACAAAUAACAUAACUCAAAAACUCUACCUGUGGUGAAAAACUUACUCCCCAUCAUCCUGAACAUGCAAACUCUUGUACAAAUCUUAGUGGCAUUAUUACGGUGUAAGAGUCAAAGCAUAUUCAAGUAAAAUGUCAAAUAUCUAAAUUCAACUGAGGAACUUCAACAAAUCCAGAAAAUUGCUUUUCACAAAUACUGUGCUUCCAGUACACUGAGCUAAUUUGCACAGAAUAAUGGACACAACUUAACAAACAAAACCAAAAAGACUUUCCAAAUGAUUUCCCAGCUAUGCACUACUUGUGUUUAUCCAUCACAUAUAAUAAAAUAUAUUAAACGCAGUUUAAUAUGGUUGUGGUUGUAAUUUUAUAAAAUGCAGAGUCAGAGGUUUUUCAAUACUCUCGUAAGGGAUUAAGAACAGGCAAACAGGGUAAAAUGUUUUAAUGUUACAAAAUAUUUAACAGGUGAUGAAAAAGAAGUACAGUGAGAAUAAAACCAAACAUAACAAAUCCUACCAUGGGUUCCAAUUUGCAAUAAUUGUCUUCGAUGAGUUGCGGGGAUGAUCUCUCACGCAGAGCUUGGCAACAAGAAGGGAAAAGAUGAGAAGUGUGAGGUAAAUAUUGUGUUUAAUAAACAAACAUCAGUCAGGAAACUGACAUUAGUCUAGGGAUGAAGAGAGAGGGAGAAUAUAAAGCACAAUGUACAUGUGGAGAGGAGUUGAUGGAGGAGUGAGGGGGUCAUAUUCAUCUGUUACACAAGGCAGCCCCAAACAGGAAGGAGCAGGAAGCUCUAUAUAACAUACAGAUCAGGAUCCAAGUCUACGGUACAAAAAACUUAGCAGCAACAUGUUAACAUCUGAGACCAAAGGGGCUAACAAAGUAGUUUCAUUUAGAAAAAAGUCACAGUAUGUUUUAAAUUUGUUAAAAAGGUAAAAAGAGUUCUCUAUGCAUCCGCUAGGGUCAAUGCUACUCACAAAGUCUGUGUGGAGUACAUAGGUGGGGAAAUCUAUACAUUUAUACUCUAAUAUAAAGAACCUUCUGGUAAUGGCACAGUACAAACUCUCAGGAAACGCGACAAAAAUAUACAAUGUCUUCACGUCACAUUUGCAGAUUAAAAUGUAACUAAGGUCUCUGGCAAGCACAAAAUGUUUCAGUGAUCAAAAACAAAACAAAACUUUUCUUACACCAAAAAUAAAGGACACCGUUUUUGUUAGUCAGCUAUCUUGACAGAGUAUGUCUUUUUAAUACAAAAAUAAGGACAAAUAUAAAUUAAUAUAUAUUAAAAGACUCAGGCUGAUACAUGGGGAAUCUAGUGAAUAAGUACAUGUAUUUAUGAUACAAUAAAUACUUGUCAUUCAUGACUCGGGGGUGGGGGUACACAAACAGAGAGCUGUGUGGUUGACCAGUUUUUUUUCUGCAGGUGCAUGUGUGAGUCUCUGUGUGUGUGUGUGUUGUUGUUGUUGUCGUUCAGUAGCCGCAAAAAGAGCCAGGAGAUUGGACGCAGCUGUGUGUACGAUCAUGCACACAGUCACAGAGGAUUCAGCAGGUCUGCUGAUGGAGCCUGUGGUGGUUUCUGAGUUGCGUUUGUGUGUAUGUGGGGGGUAACCGCUGCCCACACUGUGCCAUGCUUUAAGGCAGCUCCUCCUAGUGGUGAGUCUGUAGUACUACCAUUUACAGUUACUCCAAAAGAUGCACAACUCAGAGACGGGACGCAGGAUGUCUACUGUAAAGUGGUGAGCCGCCGCUUCUCCAGGGAAUAAAAACAUUGUGGCACCACUGGAGCUAUCACGACCAACAAAAAGAAGUAGAUGAAGAACAAUGUUUUUCUUUUUUUGUCUUUUUCCCCACUUCAUAAUAAAAAUAAGUCUGCUUUUGUACUUUACAAUACAAUUCAAAAUCCCCCCAGAGGAAGCAUCGGUCAUCAGUCCAGCACUGACAGGAAAGGUAGCUAUUUUUUUUAUUUAUUUGUUUCUCUUGUGUUUUUCUUUUGCUUUUUUUUUUCUUUUACUUUUUUUGGGGGGCUUUUAAAAAAAAAUCAGGGUGCUGGGGAAUAAUACUCCUGGGGUGUGGAGAAUUUCCUCACAGGGAACACAAACAGAUGAGCAAUCAGGUAAGGAUGGCAGGAGCUCUGUCAACAAAAAAAAAAAA